GGGAGACCUGUAGUUCCAGAGUCAUCCUUGCUCCAGUGGAUUGGAGACAGUGCUAUUCCCUGCACCCCAGAGAUGCAGCAGCCCAAGGCCAAGAAGAAAUCCCCAAGGCCAAAUGGAGUGGACGACCUUUUAAAGUUGGCGAAACUGUUUGAUUUCAACAUGUUUCAGCAAGAUGAAGAACGAGUCAAUAAUAUGCACGAGCAGAGUUUGCAGCUUCUGUCAGACUCGGAGGACAUAUUGGAUUUAGAUGGCAACGAGAACCAGCCUCCGCCCUUACUGAGUAAUGUCACACCUGAAAGCCCACAGUCCGCCCUUAAAACAAACAGCAUGAGAAACUCCAAAGACCAGAUACCUCCUGACCAUGAGAUGGAAGAUGAUUUGGAUUUUUUAUUUGAUGGACCAACUCAACAAAUAAGUGGUAACUUAAGUCAGAAUUCAUUGCCUCAGUCCUUGGAGGUGAAAACUGCUCUCACUGUGUCCUCCAAAGCCAUUCCUGGAAAAUAUCCUGAUUCCAUACAUGGCCACACAUCGACCGUCUCCUCAUCACAUCCUGUCAAAAGAAGCUCCACAAAUAAUAACUUUGACGAUGACUGGGAAAAUGACAAUUUGCUGGAUGACUCGCUGGUUUUUGAGAUGACCCAAAACCCAGACCUCUUUGCCGCUCCUAAUCAUUGUUCGACCCAAAGAGGGUCGAAUGAAACAAAACAUGAAAACAACAACCCCUCAGCCAUUUCCGAAAAUGCUCUUCAAGGAAGUAAAGAGACAAAACCAGCUGUGUCUAAAGGACAGAGUGAAACUGUGAAAAACAGAAAAACUUUCACGCUUGAAGCAAAUCCUAAUGUACAAGCGGAAAGUAUCCUCUCAGAGGCAUUACCAAAAGCAGGGCAUGUCUCCGACACUGUCAAACCAGCACCACAUAGGAACGUACAGCAAAACCAACCAAUCAACAAAGCUCAGUCUAUGGAGUCCAGUUACCAACGUAGCCAGCAAACGCAGCACCAGUCUAAUGGAAUAAAGACUUGGCCGCAGGUGCCUCUUUUUCAAAGUACAUCGAUCUCAACCAGCUCAAGCACAUCAACCUCCACCAACCCUUAUUCAACGUGGCCCCUUCAGGCUGAGAAUAGCUCUUACCAAAAGCCCACAGAGAACAAUAUGAAGGGAACCGGUAUCAAGGCCCCAGCUAGCCACAACGUCGACGACUUGGACUCUCUCUUCGCUUCUGACUCCAUCUGGGAUGACAAAGACGAUGACCUAUUGUGCCAAGCAUGUGAUAACCUGGAAAGCCAGGUACAGAGCAUGGAGGACCCUGUUAUCACACGCUCCCAUUCCCUGCCCAGUAAUCAGACAGAAAGCCAGAAGUUUCUCCCUGUCUCUGCACCUUUGAAUAGCAGCAGAUACAAUGUAAAUCAAACGACCGAGACCACACAAUUCAAAUAUCCCAACAUUUCAGUUUAUUCACAAUCGGCCCCUGGGAACGGUAACACUUUCACCCACUCUCCCCAUAACAACAAAGUACCUGUUACUGUGGUCUCUGGUUCUAACAGACCGAGUUACAAUGCUUCAGCUGGAAAUGCUAUCGCUAACUCCACGUAUAGGCAACAGAACCCUGCAGCAGGAGAAGGGCCAUACAAAAGUACUCGGGUCAAAAGCACUUGUGUAGCUGGGAGCACAGCUAAUCAACAAGGCACUGGGAGUGGAGCGCGGCCGUCGUCAUUCCCGUCACCUGUAAAUGUGACUGAAACCUCCACUCAGUUCACCUUUAAGAGACAGUCUGGCUGCGCGUCCAACCCUGUCAUCACUGUGACCAACAAAGCUUUCGCUUCGACCGCAGCAGCUGGGAAAUGUUCUGUGGUGGAGAUUGAACUGAAGAAACAGCAGGCCAUGGAGAGGAGACGGCAACGGAUGCAGACUGCCCACAACCUAAGGACUCCAACCUGAGGCUGGUACAGUGCACACAUACAAGAAGAUUCCCAAUUAUAGUUGGACAGUGUUGGCUUACUCUAAAUGCUGACUUGUGCUAGACUGACCAUACAGAGCUCUUGAAAGUAAACCUACUAGAGUUGUUGUAGCCUCGUACUACCAUCCUGAUCUCGUAGCGAAACAGAAUGUAAGCUCGCUAGACUGGGAUGGUUGGACGAGGCAAGUGCUGCCUUUCUCUGUGUUCCAACUCAUCAUUUACAUCACUCAAUCCAUUCCUGAAUAUGAUUUUAAUAAUAUGAAUAUACAUGUUCUUAUUUACGAUAAACUGUUGGAAAGAUGUUCAUAAAUUAACUUUUUUAAAUAAACAAUAACGUAUUUUCAGGGAGUAUGUUAUCAGUUGUGUUUGCAGAAUAGGCUAAGCCUGUCCUGUCACUUUUUCAUUAUAUUGUAUAUCAGUUGUGUAAAUUACAUAGCAUUACAACAUGAGCAGUUUUCUGAUAUAAAACACGAGUCGCCUUGUGCUCUGUCAGGAAAAACGAUCAUAUGUUUAGAUAUUAUGUUUACCUUGUCUU